AUGGAAGUGAUUGUGUGGCAUGAAGAUCUGGGCAGUGACGACGAUGCCGCGUCGGAAGAGGAAUCGUUAGCCCGCAUCUUGUACUACUGGCCACCGAGAUCCACGAAUGAACAGUUGCGUGUGCUGCAGUUACUGCAAGGAACGUACUCGUUUGCAUCGACCUUCAGCAAGCAACGACCAUCGUCAACGCUGACACAUGUCCAGCUCACGAACAUGCACUACUGCUUCGAGCGUGUGGAGUCGAAAGUGUGGAUGGCAUUUGGACACAACUCUGCAAAGGACGUGGACAGGUACAUCAUGGAAACUCUCUUGCGCGGUAUGUACUCGUCCUUCUUCCUGUUGCACGGGGGAAUUGCCAGUGCGCUCGACUCCGUCGACCCAUCGAAGGAAUGCCCUCAGGUUGUGCUGGAUGCGGGGCUCCACACUGGCAUGGCCAUUUUGCUCGAAUUGGCUGCUUGCCGUAAGAACAUCCGCAGGACGACUCAGCUGAUUUCCAAGAUCCAGAAUGACAAAGACACCGAGACCUGCGCCACGGCCACGGCCGACUUGUCCAAGCUCAAAGCAUGGGCAGAUCUUCUUGCCGACGUGUCACCUGCAUAUCAACUGCAGAGAACUCUUACUGCGUUCUUUCCAGUGUACUUGGCGAAUCUUGACGUGCACAACCUGACAUGCUUGUACGACCUGGAUGGGAUUUGUACUGCACCCGUUGACUGCAUGCUCCAAAUGGCCGGUCACUUGCUCGCGCAAUCGCUGCAUUCGGAAGUGCCGGCAGUCCUCCACUGCGCCUCCUUUCUCCAUGGCCAGUUGGUAUGUGGCGGGGGAUGGGAUCCUGCGCAGCUUGAGCUCGUUUACCGAUUUCUGCGGUUGCGAGAGCAACAAGCAAUGCAUGUGUCGAAAUUUCGCUUACCUGGUUCCAUCUUGCCACCGUGGCUGCGUCCACCGUGCCCAGACUCACUUAAGCCCAUCUGGGCGUCCAAGCAGACAUAUAUUGAUGGAGAUCUGCAGCCAUUCAAGAAACGAACGAGCGCAAAGGAUCUGUUGGUCGACGCAAUUGCGAGCACAUCGUCCAGCGCUGUUUCGCCAAGCGAAGUUCGUGGGUUCCAGACUACAGACGGCAUGUUUCGGGAGGACCUGGGGCCGGACAAAUUGUGGCGAUUGCCGCUCUUUGACCGUUCGUGUGAUGGCGAGGCGACGGCGGAUUUGGUCGUGUGGCAUGAAGCUGCGUGCACAUUGAUCCUGUGCGUCCAACCUCACGCCCCCUCAUCAGGUCUCAUUGCAGAUGUUGGAUGGCAUCUACGUCAGAGCGUGUAUGUGGGUGCUUUUCAUGGCGCAGCGCCAGUGGGACCCCACGAAUCGUCAAGCGCCUUUGUACAUUUAAAUCGACUGACCAAGCAGGUGCAUCUGCACAACGUUGGGAAUUUCAAAGGACCAGUUCCGCCACGCCUUGUCGCGUCGUGCUUUCACCCGCGGCUCCUCGACGAACUCAAAUAUGUGCGCCACGACUUAGCAUCAGACGACGGCAUCAUGGAUAUCUUCACCAAAACAGCGUCCGAUGGAUGGAUCAUCGUACGACGCUCCGGCAGCCUCGAACGAGAACUGGUUGCGUUCGUGGAUGCCAAGGCCGUCGACUCGAUUGCCGACUUGAGCAACAGCAUGAACACCCUCAUCCACACGUCAUUUGACAAAAUAUUCAUGUAA